AUGACACACCCAACUCAAGGUCGGGUCGAAGACAAUACCAUGCUGUGGGUCUUCAAGGAUAGAUUGGAUGUGGCUGAGGCACAGCAGGGUUUGCGCAGGGCUAUGCUUGAAAAUGAUAAAGCUCUAUGCUGGGACUUUAUUCAGCGUCUCGACCAAUUGAGUGCCAUUCAAGUUUGGCCGUUCGAGAUAGGCGACGAGUUCAACUUGAAUGCUACCAUAGCUCCCAUCAAAGAAGCCUAUGUGGGUGGCACCUUGAAAUGGCAACCUAAUAAAGUGACAUACUGGUCCCGCGGACGUCAACUUUGCAAGCCCCGGAAGUUGGACUGGGGCGAGUUUAUGCGGUUCUGCAAUGAUAACAAGGGCCGGGAAGGAUUCUGGGUCAAAGAGGGUCCCACGCUCGAGGCUGUACGUCGGAUGGUGGUCACUGCGGGAACAAUGCAGAUUGGAGGAGGACAUCUCUUUCUAUAUGACCCCGAAACUACUCUCAAACUUCUCUGGAAGAGUCAUCGAUGGGAGAACAGCUUCCUGUCCAAGGCCGGGACUAGGAUGAUGGAUUUUGAUCGUCGGGACAGGUUGCGCCAACUUCCCCAGCAGAAGCGCUUUAAGAGCGGGUACUCUGGUAUAUCGACAAAAAAGCGCCUCCCGCCUAUUCUGGGGCUCUAUACAACGAAGGUCGUAAAUGGCAAACCUGUUGUCCAAUACUGCCGAGUCGUUGACAUCGAGCUAUUCGGCAAGAAACUGCCCGAAUAA